AGGGAAGACAAAAGGGUGUCCAGGGGAGGGAGGUCCUAGCGCCGAAGAGGAAGUGUGCAAAUCUGCAGGUGUGUGUGGAAGGGGUGUGCACGUGCGGAUGCCCUGGGGUCCGUGUGCAUGAGAACAUGUGUGUGUGUGAGCAUGGAGAGCAGUGUGUGGAAGGGGUGUGCACGUGCGGAUGCCCUGGGGUCCGUGUGCAUGAGAACAUGUGUGUGUGUGAGCAUGGAGAGCAGUGUGUGGAAGGGGUGUGCACGUGCGGAUGCCCUGGGGUCCGUGUGCAUGAGAACAUGUGUGUGUGUGAGCAUGGAGAGCAGUGUGUGGAAGGGGUGUGCACGUGCGGAUGCCCUGGGGUCCGUGUGCAUGAGAACACGUGUGUGUGUGAGCAUGGAGAGCAGUGUGUGGAAGGGGUGUGCACGUGCGGAUGCCCUGGGGUCCGUGUGCAUGAGAACAUGUGUGUGUGUGAGCAUGGAGAGCAGUGUGUGGAAGGGGUGUGCACGUGCGGAUGCCCUGGGGUCCGUGUGCAUGAGAACAUGUGUGUGUGUGAGCAUGGAGAGCAGUGUGUGGAAGGGGUGUGCACGUGCGGAUGCCCUGGGGUCCGUGUGCAUGAGAACAUGUGUGUGUGUGAGCAUGGAGAGCAGUGUGUGGAAGGGGUGUGCACGUGCGGAUGCCCUGGGGUCCGUGUGCAUGAGAACAUGUGUGUGUGUGAGCAUGGAGAGCAGUGUGUGGAAGGGGUGUGCACGUGCGGAUGCCCUGGGGUCCGUGUGCAUGAGAACAUGUGUGUGUGUGAGCAUGGAGAGCAGUGUGUGGAAGGGGUGUGCACGUGCGGAUGCCCUGGGGUCCGUGUGCAUGAGAACAUGUGUGUGUGUGAGCAUGGAGAGCAGUGUGUGGAAGGGGUGUGCACGUGCGGAUGCCCUGGGGUCCGUGUGCAUGAGAACACAUGUGUGUGUGAGCAUGGAGAGCAGUGUGCAGGCAGGGAGAGCACAGGUAGGGGAGUCUCUGGAGCCACCAAACAGCCACUCUCCCAACUCCAUCUUACCUCUCCCUCUGAACCCCUUCCCCCGCACCCAUCCCUGCGGAAACAGCUCUGCCCCCCCCCAUCAGGGGGAGCUGCAAACCCACACCCCAAACCAGGAAGCCAAGGGGCGAGGUGGAGGCAGUGGCUGACCUGCCACAGCCAUUGUUUCCAGGGACCAUCUUUUCUUUUCUUUCUACUCGUAGAGAUUCCUCAAAGCUGGUCCUGCUUUAAAACGUCUACGCUGUUCUUGCAAACUAACUGGGGGUCUGAACUGUGAGGUCUUCUUGCCCAGAUGCUUCCAGGCCACGCCCCUGCCAGGGAGGUCCCCACGGCACAGGCAGGUCGCCCUGGGCACCGGGCACCGAGUCUCACUACUGAGAAUCGUCCUCUGUUCUGGCUGAUAGGAAGCUCAGGGAUUCGUCUCCCUCCCACUCUACAUACACGUCUUCUCCCCAACCCACCGCUCUCUGUGCUUCCAUCUCCUCAGCUGUCUCGGGUCUCGGAAGGGAAAAGGGAAAGCAGGCAGACAGGGAUGGCCCCACGGCGGGAGUCCCACUUAGCGUGCUGCUCCCUCUGGCCGGGCUGGGCCACAGCAGCCCUUCCCUCCUCCAGGCCCAGAGCCUGAGAGGCCCGCUCCGGGCACAGCGGGAGGAGGCCGCCUGGCGGGUCUCCCUCAGCGCUGCCCUCUAACUCCUGGUUAAACUAACGUGAAAAUAACACAAUGGGAAUGGAGGCCAAUCAGACCCAUUCUCACCCCAGUUCAGGCAGACAAAACAGUCCUGGUUCAAUAUCUAAGACACGUGAAAGGAUGUUAAAAACUGAGAAGGUUCUCACAAUUUAUUUAUUUGCCUACACCCUGGGAAGCCACCACCGUCUGACACAGCUCCCUGGGCCAAAGCUGCCUGCGAACAGGUGACAGAGUGGGCAGGGCUGGCUCUGCAG